UCGAUACAACCGAAGCCUGCUUCACUUCCCCUGUCCGCGUCCUUACCAUCGGACAUUUGUUAACUCAGUUUAUUUACUUGUGAACUACUUAAACCAGUGGUCCCAAGAUGAAACCCCGAAGCAUUCGCUGUAUGAAGUUCUUUCUCACUCUUUUCAACAUCGUUUGUAUUCUCUUCGGCCUAAUCCUCAUGGCGAUAUGCGCGAUGAACAUGCGCGAACGAAAGUCCCGGCCGGAGCAGCAAUCAGCUCUGUCCAGGGGCGUCCUGGCAUUCCUCCUGACCCUGGGGUUGGCUCUCGUGGUGACUGCAGUACUGGGAUGUAUCGGAGCCUUGAGGGAGCAUGUUAAGAUACUUUAUGUGCACGCGUGCUUCUUCAUAUUCCUGGUGUCGGUGGAGCUGAUAGUGGGUGUGGGGGGCGCGGUGCUGAGCGCGUGGGUGGGCGCGGGCAGCGAGCUGCGCGUGCAGUUCUACAGGAACGCCACCGUAGACGACGACCACCGCCACCAGGAGUUCUGGGACCAGCUGCAGGCUGAGAACCAAUGUUGCGGUGUGGACGGUCCCCAAGACUACGCGAUCCUCAACCGGCCAAUCCCGCCCGCGUGUUGCGCGCGCGCACACCCGCUGCGUGAGGGUGGCGCGCGCAGUCACCUGCACCAGACCUGCCUCACUGACCGCUCUUAUUACGUCAUCGGGUGUGAAGAAGCAUUGCGGCAGAAGAAGGCCUUGAAAGGGAACAUCUUUAUUUCUACUGGCGUCAUAUUCGCUUUGUUGGAGAUAUUCUGCAUCGUCUUGGCCCUGUGGAUGGCCAGAACCAUCAGAUCGGAGCGUCGGAAACUGCAGCAGAACCUACAAGCACACUUUGAGACCUAAGUCGGAACAUAAUGGCCCCGAUUCCUGUAGACACCUCUUAAUUUUAUUUUGAGUUAUACCCGUCAUUUUCUUAUCCGUCGAAAAGGAAAGGGACGGACAACUGUUAAUUUUAAAACGCAUGAGUUAAUGAAUGUAUAACCCGGGCAAAUCAAAAAGGUAUCUCGCUGGUGUGCAACCCGUUUGACGUAUGCUGUCAACUUAAUUCCAUGGCCGAAGUAAAAUUUUUAGAGGGUUGUUUUGGAUUUCUUCCUAAAAUUGACGUGUGUUCCAUAAAUUUAAAGCCUGUCGAUUGCACGUCCCUUUCUUUUUCGGCGGAUAAGAAAAUGACAGGUAUAACUUAAAACAAAAUUAGAUUGUGUGUACAGGAAUUAGUACCAAUGUCAGAAUCAACUGUUUUGACGUUGACGUUUCUCGUCGUACAUACAUACAUACAUAAACUCACGCCUAUUUCCCACCGGGGUAAGCAGCGGUGGGGGGAGGGGUUUCUCGUCGUCGUAUCGCACCAAAUACCUAACAUAUUUAAUUUCACCCAUGAAGAUUUAAAUCGAAAGAGAAUGAUCUAAACUAAAAGUAAAUUCUCGGAUUUUUGGUCUGAGGGCUACAUUGAUGCAAUUCAUCUACAAAGCAAUGUUGCAAUUUGACAUUUUCGCAUAUAAAAAUAUACCUAACUGUUUUGCUUUAUUUAUUAGAGGAAUCUAGGGGCACGGCAGUGUCCCCGCCAAGUCGAGCAAAAACAACGACCAUACCAACCCUUUCUUGAAGCCAUUUUAGGCAUUUUCAAAAUACUUGGUAAUUUCAUUGUGGAUAAAGUUGGAAUAAGUUUAAUGUGGCCUUUUUGUAACUAAUUUCUCUAAUUUCGAUUUAGAUCUAAGCCUACCAUUUUUGAAAUAUUUCACUCUACAAAGCCACAAAUAAUUUUAUAUUUCUUCACAAUAGUCUAAAGUUAAUUCAAUGUAGCUAAAUACUGUGAUAAUGGGUAGAUUAUGUAUUUUUUUUGUAAACAGCUGAGGCCUAAACUGGCCAAGUGGGACCAUAUGUUUUAGGGAUCGUAUUCUGACACAUUUUUUUGUCGAAUUUGUUUUUGAAUUUAUGUUUGGAUCAUAAAUGAUUAUCACGUGCUUAGCGGUGAUGGAAAACAUCCUGAGGAAACCCAUAUUACUGGGAAAUGCUUUUUCGGAAGUAUGUGACCUAACCUGUAUUAGGCUGGUUUUCCUUCGCGGGUUGGAAUGUCAGACAGGCAGUAGCUUCUAUAAAAACCGGACCUGCCAAAUCUUCAGAUUAGGUAAGCAGACCCUGUGAAAAACGGGAUAAUGCUACGGAGAAGACAAUUCUGACUCAAUUUUUCAAAUAAAAAUUGCAAUAUAAGUAAUAAAAAUAACACGAAAAUCACAAUUCAUUUACUUUUCGUC